CAAGAGCGGCUACAGUCUACGCGCCGAUCCGCUCCAUGAGGUCCCACAGACAGGCUGUGUGAUGGGACAGCCAUGGGUUGGCUUCCAGAGCUGAAAUUGGUGGAUAAACACGGACACGAAUCUCAGGACAGAUGGUGAUGUGGACAGAGUCCUGAGGUGCUGAUGGCGGUGGAGCAGAGCUGCUGUCAUGACUGGUCUCCUGUGGAUGCUCGCGUGGCUGCCUCAGGUCCUGCCAGCUAUGAGUGAACUCCCACGGCCUGUCAAUGCGACCAUGGACUCAAGCCAUUUCAUUCACAUCCUUAAAUGGGAGCCUGGACCAGGAACACCCACAGGAGCCCACUACCAUGUCACCGUCAACACAGAAACGGGAACCUCCUUUGUGCCAGUGGUUGGCUGUGAGCGUGUCCAGCACCCACUGUUAUGCAACCUGACGGAGGCCUUCUCUGACCCAAAGCAGGUCUACUUUACCCAGAUUACAGCUCUGCUGGAAGGACAGGACUCAAAACCACUCACCUCUCCCCGAGGAUUCAAACCCAUCAAUGACACUCACCUGGACCUGCCGCUGCUGACUGUGACACCGUGUGCAGAGGGUUUGUGUGUGGACCUCCAGCCUCCCAUGGAGCACCUCAGAGAGGUCUAUGACUUUCUCAAUUACAAACUCCGGAUUAAGAGCAACAAUGCAGACAAACCUCAGUUCUUUAAGCACACCAAGUCUCUGAGCAGACAGAUUCUGAAGGACCUGGCCUCUGGCAGACGGUACUGUGUGUCAGUCUGCUUCUCACACGGUCUGGUGUCUCGAGAGUCCAACUACAGCCAAGCUGUGUGUGCCUCCACCCCUGGCCACUAUACUGCAGACCCAUGGAUAUCAGCCACCUUGUGUUUGCUGGUGAUGCUUGGUGUGGUCAUUGGGGCCCUGCUGGUCUAUACUGGUUUCACUUGUCUGCUGAGGAGGCCGCUGCCAUUGGUCCUGACGUCCAUCCAUCACUUUGAAGAGCUUCUAUUCAUUCCAUCCUGCAGCAAGUCCCUGUUGUCUUCUCUCGUCAACAUUGAACCAACUGCGCCCUCUUCAGGUGAAAAGAGGAGCAACCAGACAUGCGAUGAGAGCGAUGGGCAGAGUGGAACUGAGAGCACCGGUGGGAGCAGAGGAGGAGCUUAUAAAAUGCGAUUGGGCAAUAACCUCCUCUCUUCCUCCUCUUCAUCUUCAUCAUCUUUGUCAGAUCCGUUACCCCCGGAGCCUGAACCUUUGCUUUCCACAGACACACAUUCCAACACUGGACUGAACAAAGCACAGAGCACACACACUGAUGCUUUACCUUCAUCAGGCUCAGUCAGCGGGACCGAAGGACGAGUCCCGCCAAACACGGAGGAGAGGAAGGUGGUGGAAGAGGGGGGUGGCCGGGAUGUGGACCUGCUCACAUUAACCUUCGGCAGGCUUGGGGAGGAGGUGGAGGAGGUGGAGGAGGUAGGGAACUCGGGGAACUCUGCGUCAGAGCUGUGGAACACCAUUCCAACCAAGGAAGCUGUCAUAGGAACUGUUUCCUGCUCUGUAGAUGAAGAGGAGGAGGAAGAGCACUGUGGAUAUAUGGGGCGUCCAUGAACACAUGUCUAACAGACUUUACUGUAGAGGUCCUGGGCUUCUCCAGCUGUAAGUUACAUUUGUACGACGUGUUUAAAGCAGUGUUACAAAGACGGACUAUGAAACUGAGUGGAGCGGUGCUGGUCCAGAGUCACUUCCAUCGUCUACACACUGAAAACUCAUUAUAGGACGUACUUUUCUCAGAAGUAAGGUUUCUGAUGGAGAUUCUUGUUUUUCCAACAGAAAUGACAGAUUUGAUGGUUUGUAUUAGAAGUUUAGAACAAC